AUGUCGACUACGAGCUUGCCUUCCGACUAUUUCUUGCACCGCUACCAAUUCACGGAGACGAAUCAUCGAGAUGUCUACCCCGUUCUUCAGGAUGUCGUUUCCGAUUCACAAGUUGGUAAAACGGUUCUUAUCACUGGAGCGAGUCAGGGCAUUGGGAAGGGAAUCGCAUUAGCCUUUGCCAAGGCAGGUGCGUCCGGCUUGGUCCUAGCCGCACGGAACGUGCAGAAGCUGGAGGAAACGAAAGCGGAAAUUCUGAAGAUAAACAGCAAAGCCAAGGUCUUGGUGGUGAGCGUCGACACAACCUUGCCAGAGGCUGUCAGCGCUCUCGAAAGGACAGUGAAAGAUGCAUUUGGCCACGUUGACAUCCUCGUCAACAAUGCUGGGAUCGGCGGACGAGGUCUCGUUAAGGAUAUCGACGUCAAUAAGUGGUGGAGCGACAUGGAAGUAAACGUCAAAGGAACGUUUCUCGUCACUCAAGCGUACCUCCGCCUCCUGCCCGCCGACAAGCGAGGCUUUAUCGGCAAUGUGGGGUCUUACGCUGCGGAGAUGGUGGUACCCAGCGCUAGCAGUUACAUCGUGUCCAAGCUUGCUGUCCAUCGCUUCACGGAGCUAGUAUCCUCGGAACAUCCAAACGUGCAGGUUGUUGCAUUCCAUCCUGGUAGCGUCAUGUCCUCUAUAGUGGCGGACAUGAGCGACUUUGCGCACUUUGCCCAGGAUAAAGUUGGGCUUCCUGGAAUCUUUGCCGUCUAUGUCUGUUCGGAGCGCGCUGCGUACUUAGAUGGGAGGUACGCAUCUUGCAACUGGGAUGUUCUGGAGUUGGAAGCGAAGAAGGACGAGAUUAUCUCAAAGGACUUGCUGAAGGAGAGGCUGACGGGCGUUUAUAGCACUGUCUGA